AACCCCGAGGUGAGCCUAGCUCCCCAAGGCGCUCGCCUAGGUGCGCUUUGGCCAUAAGGCGGUGGCGUCAAAGGCGAUGCAAAGGCGCGCCUUGGAGACCCUAUGUUACCCGGCACUAAACCAGGCGCAAGGCACAGCUGGUCCUGUCUCUAUCACUGCCUAUGCCGACCAUAACCAUACUCCCCUCCAAGCUCUCUCUUCCACUGGUGUGGAUGCUGUGCACAUCGUUCCCUAUUUCACAGACGUGUGUUCAGAUGUGCAGACGUGGCAUGAUAAGAAUCCUCCUCAGGCUGCUGCUAUAAUGAUGAUCAUAUCUAAUGAUGUGGAUUUGUAUGAACAUUCGCUUGUCGAGCUACUCCAAGAGAAUAAUUACAACCUUUCUGUGGCUUAUUCAUUUAGGCCUACCAAAAUGUCAUUCCUCCUCACUUCUGCAGAGUGGCUCUGGGACAGAUUACUUGCAGUUUCAGAGAAAAGUGCACACUUUCUUCACAAGUGCAGUGAAAGUGAAAGCUGUGCACCUACUACAGCAACGUUUUAUUGCAAUUUCUGCCGCUUUUCUACCAAAAGCAUUGAUAAUUUCAGGACACAUCUCUCAACUGAUGAAGAACAUGCAAAAGAAGAGAAGAGAAUUCCUGCGUUUCAUAAUUCCACAAUUCAGAGCCACAGGCUAUUCCGAGUAGCUCAGUACGGUCGAGAUCAUUGGCGUGAGGCUAAAAAGUAUCGAAAGAGCAAACGUAUGAAGAAAGCGAUCCGGACGGGUUUUGGUCUUCUUGAUAAGAAGUUACGUCUUACAAAACUAUAGAUUACACACAUCAUUAUGAAAUUUGAGUUAUGCUCAUAAUUAUGAUAGCGGUCAAAAUAUGUAAUAGUUAUAUGUCGUCUAUAUGUUAAUCUAGACGAAUAGAUUUCUCAAAGAA